AUGUCCGCAAAGGCCAGCGGCGCGGACCCCCGACCCAACGGUGAUGCAAAAAACCGACAACAUCACGACGGCAGCGCAGGCCGAGCGUUCACUGUCGAACAAAAAGCAGCCGUCAUCCGCAUAAAGCGAUGCUCGCCGACCGCCUUCUACGAGAUUCUAGGACUGGAGGAGGUUAAAUCAUCGUGUAGUGAAGGCGACAUCAAGAAGGCCUAUCGGAAGUUGAGCUUAUUAACGCAUCCGGACAAGAAUGGGUAUGACGGGGCAGAUGAUGCGUUCAAGAUGGUCUCCAGAGCCUUCCAAAUCCUCUCCGACCCGGACAAGAAGGCGAAAUUCGAUCGUUUUGGCGGUGACCCCGAUGCUCGCUUCCCAGGCGCUUCCUCAGCCGGCGCAUCACCGUUCAGCAACUUCGGACGGUCGUCUGGCGCGCAGCGACAAGGUCCCAUGUGGGAAGAGGAGAUAUCGCCAGAAGAAAUGUUCAGGCAGUUCUUCGGAGGAGGCAUGGGCGGUGGAUUCGGAGGACCAGUCCCAGGUGGCGGUAUCUUCGACACCGGACCUGGCUUUGUCUUCAACUUGGGCGGCGGUCCUGGCAUCCGCGUCCACCAAUUUGGCGGUGGACGACCCCGACGACGUCCUGACACCGCACAGCCGCCUGGCUCGGAGCCGCAGCCCAGCUUAUCCAGCGCGCUUUCCUCUCUCCUCCCACUUCUCUUUCUCUUCAUUCUCCCUCUUCUUUCCUCGGUUUUUAGCGGUAAUACCUCAUCGCCCGCUGCCUCCAUCGUUUUCGAAGGCCCAAAACCCCCCGCCACAUACCAUCGCACCUCGCUGCGCUUAAAGAUUCCUUAUUGGGUAAACCCCAUUGAUGUCGAAGAUUACAGCGCGAAGAAGUGGCGGAGACUGGAUGAAAUGGCGGAGACUAAAUAUGUGCAUUCACUAACAGUGCAGUGCGAAUACGAACACCAGCAGCAAGCAAGACUCAUGCAGCAAGCGCGUGGCUGGCUUUCGGAUGAUGAGGACAAGUUGAGGGCGGCGAGGCAGAUGGAGAAGAAGAACUGUAAGAGAUUAAAGGAGUUGGGAGUUUAUUAG